AUGAAAUUCAAUGAAAAAGAACUUGCAGAAGCAAGUAGUGGUCUUGCUGAUAUUGAAGGCCGUUUAAAUCAUAAACGAGCUCACAAAUCAGGAUUCAAGGAGAAAUGGUUCAAAUUAAGGUGCAAUUUAUUGUUUUAUUUUAAUAUUAAUGAAUUAGGACAAAUUGACAGAAGACAACCAGCAGGUGUAAUUAUUUUAGAGAAUUAUAGUAUUAAUCUUGAUGCUGGUUCUGAAGGAGUGUUCGCAUUUAGUAUAGCAUUUCGAGAUGAAUAUGAAAAAAGACAUAUCUUAAGUGGUCGUUCAGAGUCUCAAGUGGAAGAAUGGGUCAAUCAACUUAAGCAAGCAAGUUAUGAAUAUUGGAGGUUUCGUUUAAUAAUGCUUCAAGAAAAAUUAUGUAAAAAAACAGGAAAAGAUCCAUUGCUUAUUUAUCCACGAAAUCAGGGAAUUAUCCGAGAUGAAGCAUGGGGACCUGCAUCAACAUUUCGAUCUCAUGUACGCUCAUUCACUACUUCUGUUGUAACAUCAACAGCACUAAGUACAGUAACAAAAGAAAUGAAUUUAAUUGAAUUUUAA